AUGCUGAGCUCGAAUCUCCGGAGCCUUCUCUGGCUGCUCAGCCUAAACGGGGCAGUCAUCGCGCAAGAGGAUGUCAUCAGUAGCGAUGACUUUUUUUAUGGCCAUUCUGACCCUGUGUAUCCUACCCCGGAACUGACAGAGGCUGGGCCAUGGGCUGCAGCCGUAGCGAAGGCGAGGAAUCUUGUCGGCCAAUUGUCUAUUGAAGAGAAAGUCAACUUGACUGGAGGAGUCACGUCCUCGACUGGCUGCUCUGGAUUUGUGCCCGGCAUUGAACGGGUUGGCUUUCCUGGCUUGUGUCUUGCUGAUGCCGGCCAAGGAGUUCGGAACACUGAUUACGUCCAUUCUUGGCCAUCUGGUAUCCACGUUGGUGCUAGUUGGAACAAAGACUUAACUCGACAGCGAGCUGAGUUUUUGGGCCAUGAGGCACGUACGAAAGGCGUUAAUGUUCUGCUCGGGCCGUGUAUUGGCCCCAUAGGCAGAGUAGUGGAAGGAGGAAGGAAUUGGGAAGGCUUCUCUAUUGACCCCUACUUGUCUGGUGGUUUGGUCUAUGAGACUGUCUCUGGUGUGCAAAGUGCCGGUGUUAUAACAAGCACAAAGCAUUUUAUUGCCCAAGAGCAAGAGACACACCGACUACAAACCAGUAGCGGGGCUCUCGUAGAGUCCGUCUCAUCCAAUGUGGAUGACAAGACGAUCCACGAGCUAUACCUAUGGCCAUUUGCGGAAGCAGUUCGCGCCGGGACCGGAAAUAUCAUGUGCUCCUUCAACCGACUUAAUAACUCAUACGCUUGCCAGAACAGCAAGGGGCUGAAUGGCCUUCUGAAGGGGGAGCUAGGGUUUCAAGGUUGGGUCGUAUCCGACUGGGGCGCUCAGAUGUCUGGGGUCGCUAGCGCUCUUGCCGGUCUUGACGUUGCAAUGCCAAGCGGCGACGGCAAAUGGGGUGGUAACCUGACGCUUGCUGUCAAUAAUGGAAGCGUUCCAGAGAGCCAAUUAGACAACAUGGCCACUAGGAUCCUGGCGUCAUGGUUUCAGAUGAAGCAAGACCAGCCCGACUACCCUGCGCCAGGAUUUGGUAUGCCCGCUGACCUCGCAGCACCGCAUGAGGUUGUUGAUGCGAGAAACCCAAAGGCCCGUGUAACGCUCUUCGAUGGAGCAGCAGAAGGGCACGUACUGGUGAAAAACGUCAACGGCGCUCUCCCGCUAGAGUCGGCAAAGAUGAAGCUCAUAUCCAUGUUCGGCUAUUCAGCAAAGGCACCCAACAGAAACAACCAGGAGCUCAAGAAAGACGGCGAGUUUUUCACCGCAUGGAGUAUGGGUACCUCUUCAGCGAACAACACGGAGUUGAACAAGGCUUUCUUUGGAGAUCUGAACCUGAGCACUUCUGCCAUUGCACCCAAUGGCACUCUCGUAUCUGGUGGUGGUUCAGGCGCGACCGCCCAGAACCUGAUCAGCGCCCCUUAUGACGCGCUUGUUGCCCAGGCUUACGAAGAUGGAACUGCUCUCUUCUGGGAUUUUGAGUCGGGGUCACCACUUGUGAACCCAACAUCUGAUGCUUGUAUUGUAGUUGGUAAUGCCUGGGCUGCGGAAGGCUACGAUCGACCGGCGCUUCGGGAUGACUUUACGGAUGGCCUAAUCAACAACGUUGCAGAUCAGUGUGCAAACACUAUCGUCGUCUUCCACAAUGCUGGAGUCCGUUUGGUGGACACUUUUGUUGAUCACCCCAAUGUGACAGCGAUUAUCUUUGCGCAUCUUCCUGGUCAGGAGAGUGGAAAGGCAUUGAUAUCACUGCUUUACGGAAAGACCAACCCUUCAGGACGUCUGCCCUAUACUGUCGCCAGAAAUGAGUCAGACUAUGGCUCGCUCGAGAAGCCUGACAAAACACUUGCCCCGGAUAUGUACCAAGCGUUCCCGCAGUCCAACUUCACGGAGGGUGUAUUCAUUGACUACCGUCAUUUCGAUGCCCAGAACAUUACCCCGCGCUACGAGUUCGGAUUCGGGCUAAGCUACACAACUUUUCAGUAUUCGAACCUUGCUGUAUCGAAGACGGGUACCGCUGUGGGGCCCUAUCCCACGGGUCCUGUCGUUGAGGGCGGACAUGCUGAUUUGUGGGAGAUCAUUGCAAACGUUACUGCUCAGGUCAGCAAUGUUGGGGAUCGAGACGGUAAGGAGGUUGCCCAGCUCUAUGUUGGCAUUCCAGGUGAGGGUGUUCCGGUCAAGCAGUUACGAGGAUUUAAUAAGCCGUCGAUCAAGGCUGGCGAAACAGUGUGUAUCACAUUCGGCCUCACCAGGAGAGAUCUGAGUGUAUGGGACGUUGAUGCCCAAAAGUGGCUACUGCAAGAAGGCACAUAUAGUAUCUCGGUUGGAAGAAGCAGCAGGGAUCUCCCCUUGAUCGGAACUCUAGAUAUCUGA